AUGGAUAACAUACGAAAGAUUUUAAUAAAAAAGAUUAUAUACGAAUGUAAAAGUAAUGACAUACACGUGACCAACGAUUUAGUUUCCUUCUUGCUGUCGCUGACACAAUUAAAUCCAAUUUAUCAAUUUAUGGAAGAUGACGAGAUAAGUCAUAAAAAAGUGAUUCAAGUAAUCAAAGAAAAAUUGCGGGAUCAAGAUAGACCAAGUUUGACGACAUUAAAAAAUCAAUUAUAUUAUGCUAAACAUUAUCGUGAAAGAGACGAAAUCAUUAAAAAACAUAGGCUAAGUCUUCAUCGUAAAACAAACCCAUUGGUCACUGAAAUUUGUAAAACGAAUAAAAUUAACAAUGAUCAAGAAAUGGAAAAACUCUAUCAGAAAAUGAUUCUAGUUAUUACCCUUUUAAGUGGACUCGGUAAUCCAGCAGUAACGAACACUUUACGAGAAGUAACUGCAGCAUUGCAAAGUGUAUUUCAACCAUCUGAGUUAUCAAAUUAUGUUAAUCUUCCAAAACACGAAAAGGAAAAACAGCUUAUGGAAUUGAUGUGUAUAGUUGCCGGUAUACGUUUAUUUAAUCGAGAUUGUCAACGUGGUGGAAAAGAGAUCGAUGAUCAUAUUUGA